UUAUACYUCAGCGUGAAAGAAUUGCCAAUAUUUCACCCGAAUCUUUUUAGCCUUAAUGCUGAUAUUAUUGUGUUUAAUUAGCUCUUAUUGACCACACUCUGAAUAACACUUUAUGUUGAGUGUUACGCAUGAUAUCGACUCAUCCUGGAGAUUUCUUUUCGAAUGCAACACAAGAUGAUUUAAAAACGGAACCGAAACCUAAAUGAUUGUAUUGUCUGGACACAAACAUCUUUUAAUGCAUAUUGCUGCUGUGCUAUAAAGUUCGUCUCCACUCGACAUUAGAAGACCAAAGAGAAUACGUUGAAUAUAAUUCCAGUGUUGAAGAAAGUACAAGGAAAAGCUCUGAUAAAGAUGGAAAAACCCACAAUUCCUGCAUGGUGAGCCAUACUUAAUAAGCAUAGUCCAAGAGCGAUGGGGACUUAGAUCACUCUACCAAGCUGGCGCUUUAAAAUGAAGGAAACAAAACCAGUUCUCGCCGUAAUAAUAACUUUAUUGUGCUGUAACCGUUCACUUCUAGCAUCUAUACUUAAGGAAAAAGCAAGACCGACGCUUGACAUCGAAUGGUACAACCAAACGUACAGCUACUGGCCGUUUGAGUAUGAAUCCGCUUUCUGGAAUGAUCGCGUUGCAAGAGACUGGAGGGGAACGAAUAAUGGCAAAAUCAAGGGAACUGUAAAAUCUAUUCCAGGAGUUGUCGGCACUGCAAUUCACCUUUAUGGACAAACUUCGUCAAUCGAUUUCGGUCUCCUCCCUGGUACAUGUUUCAACGAUCCAAUGUCGUGUACCACUGGAUUUGCAAUAACUUUCUGGCUCAGAAUUCCAAAUUUCCAAGGAAACAAGAUCAUUAUCCAGAUGGCUAAAAAUCGUAAUUCACGUGGUUUGACGGUGUGGACCCGAAGGCAGAAAAAGAAGAAACUCAAUUUCAGCGUCAAUGGGAAAGAUAGAAAGUAUCACUUAGUAGCAAACUGGACCUAUGAGCACUGGACCCAUGUUUCUAUCGUAUGGUCUCGAGAUCCAGACGCUCUGAAAGUCUACUUUAACUGCACUUUGAAUCAAAUUGUGAAGAAACCKGUAACRAAUUCCAAAAAGAGUUCCAUAGAAACUGUUAAAAUGAUGUUUGGGGCAAGUCAAGGGAAUAAGAAACAUUCCAGGGURCAGCUAGAUGAGCUUGCAAUUUGGAACAGAACGAUAAAGCCUGAAGAAAUUUGUGGAAUAGUACGAAUAAGAACAGUGCAUGGUGGCUAUAGUGAAUGGUCCAAGUUUAGUGAAUGCAGUCAGACCUGUGGUAAUGCGACUAAGAUAAGAACGCGCAAUUGUACAAAUCCUGUACCAAAACAUAGAGGCAGAGAUUGUUCACUUCUUGGACCAGAUCAUGAAAUACAAUACUGUAAAAUGCCUCAUUGUCCAGUCCAUGGUGGAUAUGAGUGGACAACAUUUUCGAGAUGUACAGAAAGUUGUGGUACUGGAGAAAAGUACCGYCAUCAAACGUGYACAAAUCCUAAACCUGCACAUGGCGGAAGAGAAUGUUCACCGUCUCCACUAAAAGAAACCCAGGCUUGCAAUACAAACCCUUGUCCUGUAGAUGGCAAAUUUACUGCAUGGUCCGAAUACAGCAACUGCACUAAGUCUUGCGAGAAUGGAACAAAGUUUCGGUAUCGUAAUUGCACGAACCCUGCACCACAGCACGGAGGGCGAAAAUGCCAGGGGGCAACUUUAGAGGUUAUUGAAUGCAAUACUCACAAAUGCCCCAUUAAUGGUGGCUUCACACAGUGGUCGAAMUUCACGGAAUGUUCGAAAUCGUGCGGGAAUGGCACAAAGUUUCGGUAUCGUAAUUGUACGAACCCYAUUCCAAAAUUUAAUGGAAAGAACUGYGUGGAUUAUUUAGGKCCGGACAACGAGACUAUUUUAUGCAACACCCACUAUUGUYCCAUCGAUGGUGGGUUUACUAACUGGACAGAAUUUAGUAACUGCUCGAAAUCAUGCGGRAAAGGCACUAGAUUUCGCUACCGCAAUUGCACCAAUCCAUCUCCCCAACACGGAGGGAAGAAUUGCUCUGGAAAAAAUUAUAUAGUAGAAUUAUGUAACACACAUAAAUGCCCAAUCGAUGGUGGCUACACUGAUUGGUCGAAUUUCACUGAAUGCACAGUGUCAUGCGGUAAUGGCACAAAAUCUAGACAUAGAAAUUGCACAAAUCCUGUUCCUAUGCACAAUGGAAAGGAUUGUUCACUAUUGGGGCCAGCAAAGGAAACCCAAUUAUGUAAUACUCAUCACUGUCCAAUACACGGUCAAUAUACACAAUGGUCACAAUUCACUAACUGUUCGAAAUUGUGCGGAAAUGGCACUAAAUACCGCUUUCGUAGUUGCACCAAUCCUGUUCCKCAGUAUGGUGGUAAUAACUGCUCUGAAUUUGGGGAUAGUAUAACGAUUGUUGCAUGUAAUGUUCAUGAAUGYCCUAUUCAYGGCGGCUUCUCUUCCUGGUCAAAUUUCACAGAAUGUUCUAAAUCGUGCGGAAAUGGAACYAAGUAUAGAACUCGCAAUUGCACUAACCCAGCUCCAAAGCACGGUGGUAGAAACUGCUCUGGGUCUUUAAAUGAGACCUUGUUUUGCAAUUCGUUUCCUUGUCCUAUUGACGGGGGCUACACCGAAUGGACAGAUUUYAGUAAUUGCACAAAACCAUGUGGCAAYGGAACAAGGUUUCGAACUAGAGAGUGUACAAAUCCACCACCACRACACGGUGGAAAAGAGUGCUCCAUUCUAGGAGCUGAAAUAGAGACURCUUUUUGCAAUAGGCACUUUUGUCCUAUUAACGGAGGCUAUACUGAAUGGUCAAGUUAUAGCGAAUGUUCCAAAACAUGUGGCUAUGGGGAGCAAGUCCGCCUCCGUCAUUGUACUAACCCUACCCCACAGCACGGUGGUGAGGAUUGUAGUUCGCUUGGAGCACCGAAACAAGAGAGAGAGUGCAUGGAGAGAGAAUGUCCAAUUCACGGUGGAUAUAGCCCAUGGUCACCAUUUGGGAAAUGCUCAAAAUCAUGCGGUUCUGGUACAAAAACACGAACGAGAACAUGCACAAAUCCCGUACCAAAACACGGUGGAAAACCAUGCACUCAUCUUGGGUCUAAUUAUGAAAUAAGAAACUGCAAUAGGCACUCAUGUCCGAUUAACGGCCGAUACACACCAUGGUCAAGUUUUAAUAAAUGUUCAAAAUCAUGCGGGUCUGGGGUUCAAAGUAGAUAUAGAACUUGUACAAAUCCAGCACCACAGUUCGGGGGUCAAAAUUGCUCUCGGUUCGGGUCUAGUAUUGAAACAAGAACGUGUAACACCAAUUUUUGUCCAGUACACGGGAAUUACUCGGAAUGGUCAAACUUUACUACUUGUUCGAAAUCAUGCGGUUCUGGGGUUCAAAGUAGAUAUAGAACUUGCACAAAUCCAGCACCACAGUUUGGGGGUCAAAAUUGCUCUAGUUUUGGAUCUAGUAUUGAAACAAGAACGUGUAACACCAAUUUUUGUCCAGUACACGGGAAUUACUCGGAAUGGUCAAACUUUACCACUUGUUCAAAAUCAUGUGGGUCUGGGGUUAAAAGUAGAUAUAGAACUUGCACAAAUCCAGCACCACAGUUCGGGGGUCAAAAUUGUUCUAGUUUUGGACCUAGUAAUGAAACAAAAACGUGCAACACCCAUUUUUGUCCAGUACACGGGAAUUACUCGAAAUGGUCAAACUUUACCACUUGUUCGAAAUCAUGCGGGAAUGGAACGCUUUUCCGAAAGAGAWUUUGCAACAACCCGGUUCCUAAACAUGGGGGAAGCAAUUGCUCCCAUUUAGGGCCAGCAAUGGAUAUACGACAAUGCAAUGUCUUUCCAUGUCCAAUAGAUGGCAGGUACACUUCAUGGAGUUAUUUUUCAACGUGUGAUAAAAGCUGCAAUAAUGGUACUAAGUUUAGAACUAGAAAUUGUUCUAAUCCUUCUCCACAAUAUGGAGGUAGAAAUUGCUCCAAAAUUGGACCUUCUAUUGAARUAGUSUCUUGCUUUCUUAGACACUGUCCAAUUCAUGGGCAAUUCGGGAAUUGGUCCGAGUAUGGACCAUGCUCGAAGUCUUGUAACAUAGGUAUAAGAAAUAGAACAAGAAUGUGUGAUUCUCCGAGGCCCCAAUACGGUGGAAGCGCCUGCGAAGGAGCAUCGAUGCAAACAACGGUAUGCAAUAUACAUCCCUGUCCUAUCCACGGCAAUUAUACAGCUUGGUCGGAGUUUUCGCCCUGCUCAACAUCUUGUGAUGGAGGAGUUAUGAUAAAAACUAGAAACUGUACAAAUCCUGAACCAAUGCAUGGUGGAAGAAACUGCAGUCAACUUGGAGAGUCGAAAUUAAUACGCAAAUGUAACACUCAACGUUGCCCAGAUAUUGUAUUUAACAUAACGCUCAAUUUAACCCGCCAAACGUGGAGAAACAGUCUGGCAAGCCCUUCAAGUGAAGCGUUCAUGAGUCUGAAGUAUUCCAUCCAAACCCAAAUURAAGSUUUGUACGSARRGCAAAAGAAGAUAUCAAAGGUUGAAGUGUGGAGGAUAAGGAAAGGCAGUGUGUUAGUAGACAUUCUUCUCAAGUACUACAGUGAACUAUACAAGGGUAUAACCGUUCUCCAAGACGCAAUAUACAGGAAGAAACAACUGGGCAACUUUCAAGUGUCACCAGUACGUCUCUUCACAGAAGAUGUCCCUUUUGCAGCACCACGAAAUGUUUCAGGUCACAACAGCAGUUCCUCCAGCAUCUUCCUGUCAUGGGAACCAGUCUCUCRCGGAUUUACAAACGGAAACAUAACCGSCUAUCGAAUCAGUUACACACAAGCUAGUACUGCUARUACYAGGKUACCACGUGAMAUCUCUAAAGAACWCACAGAAAGUGUCCUKGUACCAAAUCAACUGAACUAUGUCGUCAAAGAUUUGAAGCAAUUUGCUGACUAUGAAUUUCGUGUUGCUGCCAAAAAUCAGCGAGGGAUUGGUGUGGAUAGUGAUCCAGUUGUCAUAAGAACAGACCAAGGCAAGCCUUUCAAACCGCCACCAUCACUGAACGCCCAGAACACAAGUUCCCAAAAUGUAACUGUUUACUGGUCUGCUAUUCCCGAACAAGAUAUACCUGGAUAUCUCCAAGGAUACCACAUAUAUUAUAGCCCUGCAGAAAAUAAAACCGCAAAGAAGAACAUCAUGUCAGUUGAUCGCGAUGAAAGAAGUGUACWGCUCACAGAUCUCGAAAAGUACACUUUGUACACGAUACAUGUCAGYGGCUUUACCAUCAAAGGAGACGGACCCAUUGCAAAGACGCACGUGCGAACAGACGAAGAUGUACCCAGUAAACCUCCCCAAAACGUGACUGCACAGAAUACCAGCUCCACGAGCAUCAUGGUUAAGUGGAGACCGAUACCAAAACAGUUUGUACAUGGAAUACUUCGAGGCUACAACAUUAGCUAUCACGUGACAGAGAAGUCUYCCGUAAUCGAGUGGGAGUGGGUAGACGUCCAGGGGACUUUAACACAGGGACGAAUUAACGGUUUGGAGAAAUUUACAGAAUACGUCGUUCAGGUUAGCGCUUACACAGUGAAGGGAGAAGGGCGGCCAUCAAAGGCAGUGAAUGUCUGGACUGAUGAAGAUGUUCCUGAUGCAUUUCCAACCAACUUGACCGGUUUCAACACAAGCUCUACAGAGUUGUACCUUGAAUGGUCACAUUUAAAAGAUAAAGAAUGGAAUGGUCGAGCAGUUGGAUACAAGAUAUUCUUCAAUGCCAAAAGAGGAUACAAAAAACAAGAAGUGACAAUAAACGCGCACACUUCGCACACCACAUUGGAUAAACUUCUUAAAUUCACAUGGUACAAAAUUCAAAUUGCUGCUUUCACAAGCAAGGGCUUGGGACCAAGAUCUCCGGAAAUUGAAUUGCGAACGUCUGAAGAUGUUCCAAGUAGAUCAGUCAUAGAGGUCAAAGCAAGAUUCACUAGUCACACAAGCCUUCUUGUAGAAUGGAAAUCGAUCCCYACCAAAUACAUUCAUGGMAUUUUACGAGGCUUUAGAAUYGAAUACUGGGUUGCUGCUAAUAACAAAGACCAGAAAAKGAAGAAAACAGGAUCCAAAGCUCGAAGUUUGGAGCUGAAGAAACUAUUGAUUUACACCAAAUAUGCCAUACAAAUUCUAGGAUUUACUUCAGCUGGAGAAGGAGAAAAAAGUUACAUCGUUUACGCAACUACAGAUCAAUAUACACCAGGAGCACCCCCACAAAAUCUACAAGCUUUCAACAAAAUCAGCCCAACCAAGAUCCUCGUCCAGUGGGAGCCAAUCAAAAAGCCUUACGAUGUCCAUGGCAUUCUGCUCGGAUAUAAAGUCUACUACAAACCAGUGCAGGUGUCAAAUCAGACCAUCGAAGAGCCACAACUCUUUAGAGAGAUAGUUAUAGAAAAACCUAAUCAGAUUUCUUUAGAAAUAAGGAAUUUGAGUGCAUUUACACGGUAUCGUAUUUACGUGCUGGCGUUCACUAUAAAAGGAAAUGGAGUACCGACUAAGUCCAUUUUGGCAGAGACGUGCAACUGCCACCGAAUGCUUCACACCAAUUGGUGGCCCAGCCCGCCAUACGUGGAAAAACCAGGUUCACUCAAUAAUUCAGGAAUCAUUCCACCAGUCUUAGAGAACGCAGUUAAGAGAUGUUGUSAAGACUGUGCCGAAUUUGGGGAAACAAAAGUUAAUUACACGAAAACACCAUAUGGCAAGUCAGCCAUGAAGAAAGGGCUGCAACAAUUCAAGGAAAAUAUCGACGACGGAGAAUUGAGUUUUCCUGUGUAUGGCUUCAUGGAUCAAAAAGUUUAUUCAGGSUCGUAUGGUUUUGCUCCUUUGGUCAAGUCCCCAGGAGUAGCGAUGAUUAUUAUCGGAGAUGAAGAAGGMACGGCWGCGAUGAUGCUGAUUAGGUCGAUUAUACUGUGCUGGCCGAUAGUCUUUCUUGAUAUUAUGCUGCUUUGGRUUCUUAGUAUCCUUAUCUGGUUCGUGGAAACAUUCAACAAUUCUCGACACUUUCCACAUAACAUGCUACAAGGAACAUGGGAAGGAAUGUGGUGGGCGUUUGCUUCCAUGACAACACUCGGUUAUGGAGACCGCAUUCCUCGGACACCCAUGGGUCGCAUUAUUGGUAUCAUAUGGAUCCUAAUUGGAGUAAUUCUAAUUGCAUGUUUCAACUCUACCAUGACUUCCGUCCUUACUUCUCGCAUAUUAGACAAAGAAAGCAUGUUAUAUGGGACCAAGAUUGCAGCCAUUCAAAACUCAUCCGAAUACAGAUUUGCUGUGCGAAAAAAUGCCAAUGUCAACCCUAACGGUAAAAAGUACUCGAAUCUAGAUGAAAUAUACCAAGCACUGACCAAACGUGAAGUGAAAGGUAUUCUGAUAGAUGCCUAUACAGCAGGAAGCAGAGCCGAACUCUUUAACCGAUCAGACAUUAGAAUCAGUAAGCUGUACGACUACUCGUCCGCGUAUGGAGUCGUCCUUGGAGGUGAAAGCAAAAAGCUACAAAAGUGCUUCCAUAGCUAUCUCAAUGAACAUCGCUCAUUUGUAUCUGAAAUAAUCCAGAAAAACACGAAGACUAUCAAGGAAUCAGGCAGGGCAUUGAGUGUACAGAGGUCACAGGGUCUCUUUGACCCCAGAUUUCCAACUUAUCUCAAGUCAGUCAUCGUCUGUGCUUCAAUACUGAUCCUGCUAUUUCUAGUUGGAGCAAAAUUUUCUUGUGCAAAGAAAUUUGGAUGGAUUGCAAGUACAGGGAAGUCAAAAAAGUACCAACGAGCCACAACACACGAAAUGCUUCUCGACAAAAAGAUGUUACGCAAUGAAAUGUCAUUCAUUGUUGAGGUAUUUUUUAGAAACUGUCAACAGCGAAUGGCCUACCUAAAGUACAAACACCUAAAAGAACUACAACUACUUACAAAACUUAAAAAGGAACAUGACUACGGACCUGUACAGAAAGGAUCAUUCACAAAGAAUAAUUUGUGGUCUGUCCAGUGCAACCCUAAAGGAAAUAUGUUUUCUUCAAUAUUGUUUAAGAGACAUCAAAAUGUAAGAAGUGGCCAAGCAAAUGGCUUCUCAUUCAAAGGAUUUAAAAAGUCGAGAGAAAAGGAGACAAUAGUCUGAUAUUCAACGUAUUUUUGAUAGAAAGAUAUUCGUUCAUUUAUACUAAAAAGUAGCUAAUAAUAAUAGACUUGCUUACUUUGAUAACUGCCAAAAAUCCUGAUCAAUCAUUAUUAUUAUUAUAAUAUUGUGAAGAGUUAUUGUUGUCCUGAAGAAUUGCUAAAGAUUACAGUAAGAAAGGUCAGAGAGAUGUGCAUAACAUAACUCCUUCAUUAUUAUACCUCAUAGAAACUUUGAAUUUUUAUGAAACACUGGACAAGCAUUUGUUGAUCAAGUAACAUCUCCACAGAGAAGAAAACUUGUGAAUGUUUGAAAAAUAAUCUUUAAAAUUAAGACAAAAUCUAAAUCCUUGAAUACUAAUAAAGUGAACAGUUUUACAA